AUGUCCCCCCAGUCACUGCGUGCACAUGUAGGAGAAACAAUUAAUGUGACUUGCCCAGCCCGUAAUUCUGGGCCGGGAACCAGAAAGUUUGUCUGUAAGAAACCAUGCGGUGGGAAUGACGUCAGCAUCAAAUCUGAUCAGCCAUCGCAUGGGAGAUACACAGUGGAGAACUCAGAAACAGGAGAGUUCAUUGUGACCAUCAGUAAACUGCAGAAGUCAGAUGCUGGGACGUACUGGUGUGGAGUGGGCGGCUUUAUGUAUCAUGACGUGGAUGUCACAGUUGUGGGCGAUGAUGAAAUUACCCCUUCUGUUUUGAAGACGACUACUCAACCCGCUGUGACAGAUCAUAGAGCCUUUGAGCAAGUGCCACAUGAACUUUGA